CUGAGCGGGAUGGACCUUUGGUCUGACCCAGUCUGGCCGUUCUUUUAGUUUUUAGACCCUUUCCAGCUGGGUCUAAUAAUUGAACAGGGCCAUAUGAUCAGCUGGGAGGGUAGCUGACCUGUCACCUGACCUUGAUGCCCCCUACAGGGCCAGACAGCCUGUGACAGGAUCUGGCUCUGGAGUUUUACACCCUUGGGGAGAGCGAGACCGUCACCUCCUUGUCCGUAAGGGGGCAUAGGAGCCCCUGCUACCCUGCAGCUCAGACGCUGGUGGUGGUGGCACCGGCAAAAAGCUGGGGAUUGCUCUUUUGAGCAGCUUUGAUGCAGCCAUUUCCCCCGGGAAAUGCUUUUGCCAACACUUGCUGAAUUGCAGCUGCCUUUGGGGUGGGGCACGGCAGCUGUUAACAGCCACAUGGAAGUCCAGGCCCUGAUCUGCAGAGGUAUUUAGCCCAGUCCAGCUGCAGCUCAGUGGGGUAGGGGCAUGUUUAGGGAGGCAGGAUAAUUACUUCAGUGGGCAUUAGCGCUGCAUCUGAGGGCCUUCUGCUGGGGCUAGGGGCAUGGGGCUCAGUGUACGUACCUGACCCCUGGACUCUAACUAUAAAUGGAAACUGGGCUUUAUGAGGAAGGUUCUGGGCUGGGAAUGGGACUUGGAGCUGUUUGCUUCCAGAUGAGGGCCCCGGGCACUGAAAUUGCUGCUCAGCUCCCAGCAGGCUCUGAGCAGGCAAGAGUCUCUGAUACAGAACCCAGCAGGAUACAUUGUGCUCUGGGCUGAGCGCCAGCCCACAGGCCAGGGGCCAAGGUGGGGAGCAGGGCCCGUGGAGGCUGAGUCUCAGGGUGGGAGCAGGAUCAGAGCAGGGCGCGGGGGAGUGCCACUCUCCUUCCCCGCGCUCCUUUUGCAUCCUCCGGCCGUUGACAGUGUCUCGGCCCCAUCCCACGCAUGGAGCCAGCCAAGUCCUUCCCACCUGUGCUAGGCCUUUGGGGAGGGCCAGCUGGGCUCACACGCGUGCUCCAGGUGCUGGAAAAAGGACCAGUGGCUGGGAUAGGGUGAUCAUGCAUCCCUGGGCCCUCCGUCUGCUUCGGGGGCUGUGCCUCUGGCUGAGCCUGGGGCUGCCGGGCACCCUGAGCGGGAAUCGGAGCUGCGUCUUCUUUGAGCCACCCCACAACCUGCAGGGAUCCAUGCGGCACCGAGGUCGUCUUCUGGGGGACACUGAGCACAGCACCAUCCUUUGCCACUCCAGCCACUGCUGCUUCGGGAUCUGGAACCAAAGCCACGGCCAACUCCAAGCGGUGAUGCAAGGUUGCUGGGGCAGCGACCGAGAUGGCUGCGACUCCCCAGCCUGCAAAACCAGCCCCGUCCACACCACGGGGGCCAUCCUCCAGCGCUGCCUGUGCCGCUCCGACUUCUGCAAUGCCAACGUCAGCCAGCUUGGGGCCCCUGCAGUGCCGCAAGCCUCAGCUGGGUCUGCUCCAACAGGCACCAUCUGGAUCGCCGUGGCCUGCUCACUGGUGCUCUUCCUCGGCUGUCUGGCCUUCCUAGUGCUGAGAAGGAUGAAGGUCUGUGCAGUGCUGCUGCGCCAGGAGGCGAGCUGGGAGCUGACCAAAGUCACCAUGGACCCCCAUUCCAGCCGUGAGAGGGAACCCCCUAGCCAGGAGCUGUCAGCGCUCCAGUUCCUCCAGGUGCUCCAGGAUGGGCGCUUCUCCGUGGUGUGGCAGGGCACCCUGCACCAGACGCCCGUCGCGAUCAAGGCCUUCCCCGACACCUGCUCCCAGCACUUUGCAGCCGAGUGGUCCGUGCACAGCCUGCCCCUGAUGGACCACGACAACGUGGCCCGACUCCUGGCGGCUGGGCGAGGAGGGGUGCACGGGGAACAAGGGAGCCUGUUGGUGCUGCAGCUCUACCCGGCCGGUUCCCUGAGACACUUCCUGAGCCAACACAUCAGCACCUGGGACGGCACCGUCAGACUGGCCCUGUCGCUGGCCCGGGGGCUGGCCUUCCUGCACGAGGAGCUCUGGCACAAUGGCCUGCACAAACCCAGCGUGGCUCACCGGGACCUGAGCAGCCAGAACGUGCUAGUGCGGGAGGACCGGAGCUGCGCCAUUGGGGACUUCGGCCUGGCCACAGCGCUGCCUGCACGCAUGGAGCAAUGGGGCGGCGGCCGCAUGGAAGCUGCUGUCAGGAAGGCAGGGACCCAGCGGUACAUGGCCCCUGAGAUCCUGGAUGACAGCCUGGACCUGCAGGUCUGGGGCCGUGCGCUGAAGCAGGCCGACAUCUACUCCCUGGCCCUGGUGCUCUGGGAGAUCCUGUCGAGAUGCUCGGGGCUCUCCCCAGACUGUGGGGUCCCUCCUUUCCAGCUGGCCUACGAGGCGGAGCUGGGCAGCAGUCCCACAUAUGGUGAGCUGAGGAGACUAGCCGUGGAGGAGAGGAGGAGGCCAGCCAUCCCCGACUCUUGGAGGGGGACAGGCCAGGUUUCCAUCUGCCUGCGGGAGCUGCUAGAGGACUGCUGGGACCCCGACCCCGAGGCCCGGCUGACGGCCGAGUGCACCUGCCAGCGGCUCCAGUCCCUGGGAGCCGAGUUGCCGGCGGGGGUGUGCUGAGCUGGCAAAGGGUGCUGCCCCCCUGUCCUCACCCGCCACCGGCCCACGGUGCCUGGGAAUGCUCCUUGGGCUUCUGGUUGGCGCUGAUGGAGAGAGAGGAACUCUGGGGGCAGGGAUGGUGCCAUGCCCGUGUCACGCCAGCUUUUGUUGGCGCUGUAUAUAAACACGGCUGGCUGGCCUGCACCCUGCUGCUGCAUGGCGUCAAGCUGCCCAGCUGAGUCCCCCCACCUGGGCCAGAUUCGAACCUGCCACUGCCCCCUGCUGGACGGGAUCAGAGGUGCUGGAGUGCAUGCAUGAGCCAAUUGUCCCCCUUAUGGAGCUGACACAGGUCUUGUCCAUACCCCCGGCAGGCAGGAGAGAUGUAUGCCACACGGCAUCCGGCAGGUGAGUGGGGUGCAGGCGGCUUGGCCAGAAGCUAUGUCUGCAUGGUUGCGGCCAUGGGUUUGUCCCCCAGAUCAAGGGAUCGAGCCCCAUUUCUGUUUGGUUGGCUGCUUGUGAUCAAUAAAUUGUGUGCCCUGUAUUCUGGGAUCAGUCCCAACCCCUUUGUGUCGGAGCAGCCUCAGGGCUGCUCUAACAUACACUCUGCUCCUAGGGGCUCCAGGAGGCAGGGAAUACCCAUAAUGCAGUGUGCUUUGGCCAUGCCCCGCCCCCCACAUGCUCCCAGGCUAGGAGCACAGCCCUCAUAUGGUCAUGCCAGUCCCACACAGAUAUGCCAGCCCCACAUGGAUUGGUGGGUGUGCAGCCCUUAAGUUACCCCCAUCCCCUUCAUGGACAAGCAUCACCUUAACCCCCCCCCCCCCCCGCAGAUAGGCAUGCACUUCUAUUCGCCCCUCAUAUAGACAUACAGACCAGACACGCACCCUCCCCCAAGACACACACACACACACACGGCAUAUGCCCUCAGCCACACACCCAUUGAUGGGCAUGCACAGGUAUACACCUUCCAUGCACACACAUGCACAUAGUCCUGGGCUAUGUUGUUUACAUGCUGGAUAGCAGGACCAAAUGCCCCCUGCCCCAAAGAGCUCACAGUAACAGUAACAGCUCACAUAUUUGGGAGUGGAAACUGAGGCAAUGAGCAGCAAAGUGACUUGCCAAAGGUCACCCAGCAGAGUCAGGAAUAGAGCCUGGGUCUCCUGAGUCCCAGUCCGGUGCACUAUCCACUAGCCCACACUGUCCCUCGAAGCUUUUAAUGGGGGGUGCAGAUCUUGGCCAUGGGGAGCUGGGUGGGGGGACAAAUAGUGGCAUUGGGGGAUCAGGUUCAGACUCUUCUAUUCCCCGCAGACCUUAGAGUGAGUCGAGACUUGGCUAUGGCCUGGGAAUGCCAGCUGGCUUGUGGUGGUACCACCUGUCAGGUGAUUCCUCUAGGAACCCGUGGGGCACCAUGUGCACCCCCUGCCCAGCUGGCCCCGGGCACUAAAGAAUUGGCCUUUUCUCCUUACAUCUGGGAGUGGGCUAUGGAAGGAUCUUGCUCAGGAGGAACCUGGAGUUUACAAUAAUACUCUGCACUCACAAAUCCCCCAUCUCCCUCAUUUCACAGUAGGGGAAACUGAGGCAUGGAAGGGGCAGGGGAAGGGACUCACCCAGGACUAAAACCCAGCUCCCAGGCCUCUGUGCUAAGCACAGGGCAGCGCUGCCUCUGUCUGCAGGCCCAUGGUGCAAUGCCAGGUUUUGCUGAUCCUCGGGGCUCCGUGCCAGCCGCCCCUCGACAGGGAGGGGCCAGGGGACGCGGGCACCUGCCAGGUGUCACUCAGAUGGAGUGACAGUCCCAUGUUAGCCCCUGUGCCAGCUGCAGUGACUCUGGGAGCUGGGCUGCAGGCCCACAAAGCUCCUCCUGGCUACUAGUGAGGACGUAGGAUGGUCAUGGCUCCCCCUCCUCCACUGCUCCCUUGCAGGGUAGAGGGGGCCAUGAUGUGACAGGAGAGGGCCGCUGGAGAUGGCGGGUCCAGAGGAAGGAGAGAGGAGGAUUCUGGUUCUUGGGGAAGGGGGAAUCAGGGGAGAAUACAAUAGAUGAGAGAAAGGUUGGGACAAAGGGGGAAACAAUGGUCUUGUGGCUCGUGCCCAGGACACCUGGGUCCCAUUCCCAGAUCUGCUCCUGACUCAGCGUGAGAAUCUCCCAUCGCUUCCCUGUUCCUCAGCUCCCCCAUCUGGGAUAACAAUAUUGACACGCGCACAAGGUUGGUGAAAGAAUCUUAAUUUGUUCUGCUCCGCGGUGCGAGGGGAAUCGGGAAUCCUCUCGGGCGCUCGGCCUGCAGAAAGAACAUGUGAGGAGCCACGCAGCCCUGCCCAGGCCGUCUGAGCCCCAGACAGGGCAGGCGAGCUGCUUACUGGGGUAGCUUGACAUUGAACGUUUGUACGAGGGGGCUGGCUGGAAAUAAAGCCUGAGUAAUACAUCA